GCAGAUAAGCAGUUUCUGAGGACUGAGGUACCUGCAAAGGGAACACCUGCUUUUGAGGUGGUUUUGCAGGUUGCGGAGGUGCCGAAAUGGCCGAGCUGGAGCACAACCUCAGCCUGGCGGACGCUCUGACGGAGCCGCCCCACGAGAUCGAGGAGGAGGUGAAAAGGGACUUCAUUGCCACGCUGGAGGCAGAGAAAUUCGAUGACGUGGUGGGAGAGACGGUGGAUAAAACAGACUACGUGCCCCUGCUGGAUGACGAGGACGAGAAGCCGGGCAGCCAGGAGCCCAGAGGCAAAGGCCACGCGGACGGAGUGCAGGUGGAACACUCUUCAGCCUGUGGCCCCACGGUGGUGGAGAACGGUGACCAUGGACUGGCAGAUCAUCGCACAGUGUUCCCAGGGGAAAUCAUGGAUGAAAAGCUGUCGUACAAAGAGUUCCUGGACCGCAACGACUCCUGGUCGACGGACGAGAGGGACCUGCGCUUCGACCCGCAGCCCGUGUUCAAGCCCAUGGAGAUGGCUGACCCCUUCAACAUGCACAGAGGGGAGAACCUGCCGGAUUUGUCCUUCCCUGCUGACAUGAGGAAUGUGCCGCUGUUCCCGGGCCACGGGGAUGCUCCCAGAGACGUCCUUGCACCACACGGCCCUGGGAUGGCACCUGAGCAGCCUUUCCUGGGGCCCAUGUACUCCCCUGCAGAGGCUCUGGACCCCUCAGCCUUCGUGGGGCUGGACUCCAGCACGGAAUUCCUGCAGGACAGAGCAGGUCCUGAAGAAUAUUGGAUGGGAGCUCAGCAGGACAUGAAGGGACCAGAUGCCUCUUUCUUUGUUGAGCCACCAGUGCCCCCCGUAGCCACAGAAGCAAUCAAGGCGAGUUUGCCCGAGAGCCCCCCGGCCGUGCCCCCCGGCUCUGCUCCCGCUGCAGGCGCGGCGUUCCCGGCAGAGCCCGCGCCCGCCGAUGGACCAAAAGGUGCAGCCUCCGAGGCCACGCCCGUUCCUGCGGAAAAGGCUGGCUCUGUCCAUGCAGGAGACACCAGCCCUGCCCAAGCUCUGGAUGCUGGAUUUGCACCUUCAGCAGCAGCCAACCCCUUCCAGGCCGUGGAUGUUGGUUUUUUUCCUGCCCCUGAAGCCAAGUCUCCUAAAGCUGUCAAUGACAAAUCCAGCCCGGGGACAGGCCUUGGCUUCUCCCCCACAGCAGAUGCCACAUCCCACCAUGCCAUGGAUUUGGGGUUUGCCCCAGCAGCAGGUGUGGAAACCCACCAUGCCAUGGAUUUGGGAUUUGCCCCGGCAGAAGGUAUGGAAGCCCACCAUGCCAUGGAUUUGGGAUUUGCCCCGGCAGAAGCUAUGGAAGCCCACUAUGCCAUGGAUUUGGGAUUUGCCCCGGCAGCAGAUGCAGAACCUCAACAUGCCUUGGAUUUGGGAUUUGCCCCAGCAGCAGAUGCUACAUCCCACCAUGCCUUGGAUUUGGGGUUUUCCCCAGCAGCAGGUGUGGAAUCCCACCAUGCCAUGGAUUUGGGGUUUGCCCCAGCAGCAGAUAAUAAACCUAACCACACCAUGGAUUCUGAGUUUGCCCCAGCAGCAGAAGUCAACCAUCACCAUGCCAUGGAUUUGGGAUUUGCUCCAGCAGCAGAUAAUAAAUCUGACCGUGAUAUGGGCUCUGAGUUUACCCCAGAAGUCAACCACCACCAUGCCAUGGAUUCUGAGGUUGCUCCUGCAGCAGAAGCCAAACCUCUUCCCACCGCGGAUUCCGGAGCUGCCCCUGCUGGAGCUCAGCCUGUCCCUGCAGCUGACCCCAAAACUGCUGUGCCUGGAGAGCUGGUGAUGCCUGGGCCUGCCCUUCAGCAAGACGAGUCUCCUGCAGAAGCGACAGCAAAGGUGGAACAAGAAUCCAAAGCCCCAGAAGUUCGUGUGGAUCAUUUAGAGGACACCAAGGACACCAAAACCCCUCCCAGCCCCUCCAAGGAGCCCCUUCCCGGGCAAACCAACCACCUUCCAGAACCAGCAGCUCCAGCAGAAGCAAAAGAAGACGUUGCACUAGAAAAUAAAGACCUUCCAGAGAAGUCUGUCCCUGCUGUGGUUGUUGAGGCACAAAAGGAGGAGCCUGAGCACAACCACGUGGAACCUCAGCAAGGAGAGGCCCUGCCAGAGCCCACAGUGAAACCAGAGGAGCCCAAACCAGUGGAAGCUGUGACAGGGAACGACAUCACAGCUCCUCCCAACAAGGAGCUGCCUCCCAGCCCGGAGAAGAAGACCAAGCCCUCUGCAUCCACCUCCUCUCCAAAGCCGGCAGCAGCGAAGGCCAAGCCCUCGGCCACCACCAGCCCCAAGCGCCCGGGCUCGGCCACCUCAGGCCCAAACAAAAAAGCCACGAGCCCGACUGCAGGUCCUGCAGCCGCCACUGCCAAACGCCCCGGCACCAGCACCACACGUCCCUCCUCCUUAGCUGCAAAAGAGACCAAAGCAAAGGUUGCGGAUGCGAAGCCCCCCGAGAAGAAGAGCUCCAAACCUCCAUCCUCCACCACUCCCAAAACUCCUCCCAAGAGCUCCCCAGCUGCUCCCAAGACAACGGCAGCGUCUCCGGUCACGGCAGCUCCCGCUGCCAAAACCACCGCGGCCGCCGCUCCCAAGAGGCCGUCGUCAAUCAAGACCGACGGGAAGCCGGCGGAGGCCAAGAAGACCUUGGCAAAGUCUCCAUCAGCAGACUCGAGCCGCCCCAGGAGCGCAGCUGGCAACGCCACCAAGAGCAGCGCCACCACUCCUUCCUCCAGCGCUCCCAGCGUGCCGGGGGCGCCCGCCAGCCGUCCCAAACCCAAGGCAACCAAACCCCCCUCGGCCUCCACCGCCUCCUCGGACGCUAAAAAAACCACGGCCAAGGCCCCCAGCAAGCCCAGCUCGGUGCCCAAGCCGCCCCGCCCCAGCAGCAGCGCCUCUGCCCCCGACCUGAAGAACGUGCGCUCCAAGGUCGGCUCCACCGACAACAUCAAGCACCAGCCCGGCGGGGGGAAGGGGAAAGUAGAGAAAAGGCCCGAGCCAGCCGCCGCCACGCCCAGGUCUGAGCCCAGUGCGGUCACUAAAGGGGCUCCUCCCAAAACUGCCGUAUCAAAAGAGGGGGUCCCCAAACAGCCCAAUGGGAAAGUCCAGAUAGUCUCCAAAAAAGCGAACUACAGCCAUGUUCAGUCCAAGUGUGGUUCCAAGGACAAUAUUAAGCAUGUCCCUGGAGGUGGGAAUGUGCAGAUCCAGAACAAGAAAGUUGACCUUUCCAAAGUGUCCUCCAAGUGUGGCUCUAAAGCAAAUAUCAAGCAUAAGCCAGGGGGAGGAGAUGUCAAAAUUGAGAACCAGAAGCUGAACUUCAAGGAGAAGGCCCAGGCCAAAGUGGGAUCUCUGGACAACGUGGGACACUCGCCGGCAGGAGGGACCGUGAAGAUUGAAUCUCACAAGCUGACGUUCCGUGAGAAGGCCAAGGCUCGGACAGACCACGGAGCGGAAAUCGUCGUCUCCAAACCCCCCAACCUUCCCAGCAGCACCUCCCCCCGGCGCAGCACCUCUGCCAGCGAGAGCCUGGGCUCCGGCGCCUCCCUGUCACCGCUGCCACAGCCGGCUGUCCCCGCCGCGCCCUCCCAGCAAGGCUUGUGACCCCCCGGCCCCGCUCCACGCGCCCCCGAGGACCCAGCUUGGCUCUCUUGACCCGGCCUCUGGCUUUAGGUGGGAAGGGACAGCGUUCCGCAGGGCCGGGGCCGUUCCCGCUGCCCGGGGCGUCCCGGGGGCUCGGCCCUGCCCGGGCUCGGGGGUCCCUCCGUGGCUGGAAGGGGGUUUCCCUCCCUCCCCGCGCCCCGUCCCGUUGGCUGUGGGGGGUCACUCCAGUGGUGGUGUCGCGGUCGGGGCCGGGAUCGAGCGGCUCCAGGGCCGUUCCAGUGCAGGGAUGUGCCGGGGGCUGAAGCCAGGCCAGAGUUAACAGGGAUAAGCUGUGAUCUUUCUUUCUGUCUCUUUUUUUUUUACCCCCUUUCCCUCCUCACCGCUUCAGUUGGAUGCUGAUAUAAACCCUCCACACUCGUUAGGCUGUUUUAACUGUUGACUUGAACCUUUUAUUCUUUGUGACGACGUGUUGAUGAUUUAUUGUGCUACGAGCCCCGUGCUAAGUUUCCUUUUCUCUUUCCUUCCUUCCCACCCCGUAGCAGAGUUAGGGACAUUAACCGCUGCUGCCGUGCUGGCUUCUUACUGACAUAUCCAGCCAUUGUAACUUCCUUGUUGUUGUUUGGGGUUUCUUUUAAUAUUUUAAACCGAUGGAGCGAGUUCAUGGGAUUAAGCCAUGUCUGGAACGAAAGGCACAGGGAUGUGUUAAAGGCGAACUUGCUGGGAGAGCUCAGAUGGAGCCUGUGUUGACCUCAACGAGAUGCUCAUAAACCCUCCCCGGGGGGUGCCCGGGGCCUCCUGCGUGUCAGCCAGGGAAAGGUGGUUUAUUUAUUAACUGGCAGGGCCGGAGCCCUGGGAUUCAUCCCGGUUUUCCAGGGCCGAGGGCUGCGGGGAGGCAGGAGGCUGCCGUGGCAGCUCAGGUUGACGCAGGCCGGGAGUUCAAGGCUGAAGCAGGUCCUGGGGUGUGAGGGAUGUGUGUGUGUGUGUGUGUGCGUGUGUGGUUUUAACGAGGCUGAUGAUGGAUGGGGACCGUCGGGAUGAGCAGGAAAGGGCAGCGCCCGUCCCGGGAUGGGCAGCGAGCCGGGAGCCCUGGGCUGGGCAGCGGGGCAGGUUUAGUGCCAGGGAGUUGCAGCUCUGACUAGGAAGGAGAUUUUUUCCCACUCUUGGAGCUCCUCGUUUCAUGUUGCAAAUGACACUAAAGAAAUGAAAUGUAAAUAAAUUAAAACAGGAGAGAGAAAAAAAAAAAGGUGUUCUUGGGUGGUCAAACUAAUUUAAAGACAAAAAAAAAAAAAAAAACAAAGAAAAGCGGAAUAACAAAACACUGGGAUCAAAGAGAACUGAACCAGGCUGUGCUAAGGGGGGGCUGCUCCAGGAGGGGACAGAGGGAAGCCUGCAGCUUCUCGUGCUUGUGGGAAUAUUUCUUUGGGAAGCCGACAAUGACACGAUAACCCGGAAUCUGUAUUUACACACAAAGAUUCUUAUUGCACUUGUAUUUUUUAUAUUAAAGUUUGCAUGGUUUCUAAUAAAAUGGCAUUAAAAUGUA